AUGAAAGAAGAGAAGGUUAUUAGAACAUUCGAAUGCACAAUAGCAGACUUCUUAACUAUUUACAAGGAUGAGGAUGGUCAACGACAGUAUCAUCUAGCCAGAGGCGACAUCAAUAUAUCAUUCACACCAUGGACUACUACAACUACAACUACUACUACAAUACCGCGUGGAUCAGAGACUAGAUCUAUAUCAUUUCAGGCACCAAUCAAUGCCCCACCAUCAAUACGCAAGCUGAUUGGCAAGGAUGCAACGUCGAUCGUCGAGCAACAGUAUAUAAUGGGCGAUUACUUCAAUGUGGAGACCGAGUGGAUACUGUCGAAGCAGACCAACAAUCAGAUCAAACUGGAACUUACACUGCGCACAACAUUCAACAUGUACAUGGUCGGUCACCUAUUUGAAGUGUUCAUUAUCAAGGCCGCCGCUGCUUCUGCCACACAAUACGUCGACAUUGUUCAAGAGCGCAUCGAUGCUAUAAAGAUUGAACGACUAAAGAUGUUGCAAGCACAGCUGAUACAACAUCAACAAAAUGAGCAAGAGUUGGCGCGUCAGCAACAACAACAACAACAACAGUUAGCAACUCAAUCACAAUCACAAACAAUCAAACAAUAUCGAUACCCAUUGGAGCAUCAUCCAACUCAACAUCGUGGGCAUGUCCAUCACUCCGAUCCACCACCGACUCGUCGAAGAAGGAAGAGCAACAACAGCACCAGCGCCAGCGGCAACAGCAGUAGUAGGCGAGAUAAGAAUGUACAUAAGUUUAAGAACUGGAGCGUAGACUGCAAGACUGAAGAGAUUGAGGACUACCUCAAGCACGACCUGGAAGACCUGCGCGACUACACCCAACACACGACACAGAGUCUGCUCAAGAUUGAGAUAUCGUUGUCCGAGAUGAUGACCAACAACCUACAGCAGACUACCAGCAGUAACAACAACAGCGGGCACAACAAUAUAAGCAACAACAGUGGCUACAGUAAUAUAUACGCGAGUGAUUCACAGCCGUCGUCGAUCAUGUCGUCGCCGUGCUCGUCGACAUCCUCCUUGCACUCCUCGACGAAUGGUGCGACCGAGCAACAACUGUCCAACGUUGAGAAUCUGCUACACCAGAUGGAGUUGAACAGUCGACUGAUGCGUGAGAGGCGCCAACAGGCCGAGCACGCCAUCGAUCAAGAACUAUCUGCCAUCAUGAACACAUUGUCAAUGCAAAACAAUAACGAGUCAUCAUCAUCGUCCAACAAGGACAAGGACAUUGACUCGAAAUCAUCAACUACACCGUCGUCAACUUCGUCAACAUCAUCGUCUGCUUGGUACGACAUUUUCUUCCCUGUGGCCUCUAGCCUGGUCGUCUGCAUGGUAGUGGUCAUCUCAAUCUUUGCACUGUCCAAGCCCGCUCGAUCAGGACAACAACGUUUACACAAAUAG